AUGGCUGCUGUUCGUCCGCGCCUGUUCUGGUCGCUCGUCGCGGCAUGGUGUGCAUUGUUUGCCGCCGCCGAGGUAUCGGCGACACUAGCAAACCCAGUCAUGUGGAUCUUGGUGCAUCAUCGCCUCAAGCAAGCCCGUAUCGAUCCUAUCGUGACCCCUGGAAAGCCCUCUUCGCACGUGCACUCGCUCGUCGGCGUCAACGGUGUCAGCGAGGACACCACCACCGCACAGGCCCUUGAAGAAGCAUCGACCUGCACGACUUCAGGAAUCCAUGCCGACAUGUCGGCCUACUGGGCACCGACUCUUUACUCUUUCAACAGCGACAACGACACUUUCACCCCUCGACCCCUCGACUAUGUCAACACAUAUUACCUGAUGAGAGGCAAUGUGCCCAUCACCGCCUUCCCGCGUGGGCUCCAGUUGUUGGCGGGCAACGCGACACGUCGAGGACCGGGACCGACCAGGCAGAACGAUAACACGGCGAGCUUCGUCUGCCUCAACUACCAGGACGGCAGUAGCCAGUGGCCGACGUUGCCACCGGGGCCGUGUCCGCAAGGGUUGAGGACGCAAGUGACGUUCCCUUCGUGCUGGAAUGGCAAAGACCUCGUGACUGCCGAUCACUCGCACGUGGUGUAUCCACUGGGUGACAACGCGGACAACGGAGAUUGCCCUUCCUCGCACAAGACUCGACUGCCGACGCUGUUCUACGAGUUUGUGUGGGGCGUGGAUGGACAGGACAACGUGGGCAACUCGACGUGGGUGUUCAGCAACGGCGAUGCGAUCGGCUACUCUUUCCAUGCCGACUUUAUCGCUGCUUGGAACGAGACAAUUCUGCAAGGUGCCAUCGACCAGUGCGCCGGCAACCUUUUCAACGACUUGGAAUCGUGCCCGCCGCUGGCAGAGACGCUGGACAGGAAAGCGUCGCAGAUGUGCAACACGACUUCGUCCGAGGCCAUCUCGGGCAGCAUUGCUUCACUGCCUGGUUGCAAUGUCGUCUGGAACGGCCCGCACGCUGGUAAAGGGUUGACGCCCGGUUGCGACCCGAACAAGGUGAUGCUCAAACCGGCCAACUGGCCUGCUAGUAACUCGACCAACGCUACGACCCCUUCUCCUUCCAGUGCGUUGGCGUCAUCUUCCACCGUCUCCACCCAUAGUGCUGCCUCCACGUCUGCAGCCAACACACCUGCAGCAGUGGGAAACGCUGCGGCUGGCCAGACUCCCAAGUCGGUGACGCAGGCAAAGAAGCCGAUCAACAAGGCUCCUGUGCAUAAGCAACCGGCGCACAAGCACACGCCCAAACAGGUGACGGUGCAGUCGCACAAGAAGACCAAGGACCCUGUGUUUUUCAUCUCCAAGAAGAAGGACGAGAAGAAGAAGAAGGAGAAAAAGAGCAAAAAGCAACGCAACCACUGA